AUUGCGGGAAGCCAGGGAGGAGCUGGGUGUAAAUGUGAGAAUAGAAAAGGUGUGGGGCGUCCUGAAGCCACUAAGAGAUGCGUCGGGCAUGGUUAUUGCUCCUGUGCUGGCUAACCUCGGUCCUCUAGAGGAGCUGAACUUCAAACCAAACCCUGGGGAGGUGGAUGAGAUCUUCACCCUGUCCUUGUCUCACUUGUGUAACCCCCAAAACCGAGGCUACACACACUUCCGCACCGGUGACAAAUACGGAUACACUCUUCCGGUGUUUAGGAAUGGCAAACAUCGAGUGUGGGGCCUGACUGCUGUUGCCCUAGACCAUACCCUGAAACUCAUUGUCCCUCCAUAAUAGAGCACAACAACUGAACUCAACAACUGAAGGAUUAUUCUGACAAAUAUAAGCUUUGCACCAAGUGAAUCUGAGCAAAUCCAAAAUGGUUUAAUACAGCCGCUUUUGUUUUGGAAGGUAAAUUCCUCUCUUGAAUUUAUUAGAGUGAGGAAGAAGCUCUUUCUGCUAGUGCACUUUCUGAGCCUUAAAUUUGUAUGAUUGUUUAAAAAUGAAAAGCAGGUGUUGGAAGCUUUUCUAAGGAAGAACGUGAACCUGGUGGGUCAACGUUAUAAUUUUACACCGAGUGAUUCUUAUUCAAACUCUUUACGUUUUUAGGUAAGUCUUUUAAUUAUUUCUAUAAUAAAAGUUACCACCUGGGUUAAAAUAAAAUCAGUGAGUUGCUUUCUCAGAUCAAUUAUGUCACAUGACUGUGAAUUGUUAAAUGUUUGUCAGGGCAGCAAAGUACCGCUGUGACAGCCUGUUUCCUGUGUUAGCUAACAUUAGAUCAACUGAAGUAAUCGGAGUAUUUAGGAGUGAUGUGGUGUGUUGAAGAACAAUGCAAUAAACUUUGUUUUAAACAUA